AUUUGCCGCUCAAUGUCUCUCUGUAAUUGGAGCAACAUCACUUUAAAGGUUCAGAGAGUACAGCAUUUCUGGUGAAAAAUCCCCACAACACGCGGUGAAUGUUUUAAAGGGAAAUCUAUUAGUGAUUUGCAGAGGGGCGGGAGCCGGCGGCGGGGAGGCGCGGGCUGGGCCAGCCGGGACUGGAGUGGGGGGCUCGCCGCGGGCCCCUACCCGCUGCCCCCCGCGCCCGCGCCCGCCUAGCGCCGGCCGCGCCCCCUCCCUCCCCGUUGCUCCCCCCUCCGUCUUGUUGUGACAGUUCCUGAUACUGUUUAUUGAGGUGCAUGUCAGGUAUAAUUAGCAAUCGAUAUGGAAAACGUUUCCUUGCACCCAGCACGCCUCUGACGUCAGAGCCGAUUAGCGCUUCUUAUUGGUCCCAAAUUCCCCGGGCCGCGGCUAAUUAUCGGGAGCUUGAUGUUGAUAAAGUAAAGCGCCGAGUGCGGGCGAAGCAUGUGUAGGGCUCCGGGUCCCUGUCUGUGCCGCCGCCGCCGCCACCCGCGCCUCCCGCCGCUGGCCCAACCCGGCCCCGGCCCGCGCCCCCGCGCCCCGCCGCCGGCCCCGCCGGCCCCCCGCGCGAGAUGAUGGACGGCCGCCUCCUGGAGCACCCGCAUGCCCAGUUCGGGGGCUCGCUGGGCGGCGUGGUGGGCUUCCCCUACCCGCUGGGCCAUCACCACGUGUACGAGCUGGCGGGACACCAGCUGCAGUCGGCCGCCGCCGCCGCCGCCGCCGCUUCGGUGCCCUUCUCCAUUGACGGCCUGCUCAGCGGCUCGUGCGCCGCCGCCGCCGCUUCGGUGGUCAACCCCACGCCGCUACUGCCGGCGGCCUGCGGGGUAGGCGGCGACAGCCAGCCCUUCAAGCUGUCAGACUCGGGGGACCCAGACAAGGAGAGCCCGGGCUGCAAGCGGCGGCGCACCCGCACCAAUUUCACCGGCUGGCAGCUGGAGGAGCUGGAGAAGGCGUUCAACGAAAGCCACUACCCCGAUGUGUUCAUGCGCGAGGCGCUGGCGCUGCGCCUAGAUUUGGUCGAGUCCCGAGUUCAGGUGUGGUUCCAAAACCGCCGGGCCAAGUGGAGGAAGAAGGAAAACACGAAGAAGGGCCCUGGGCGGCCGGCGCACAACUCGCACCCGACCACGUGCAGCGGCGAGCCCAUGGACCCGGAGGAGAUUGCGCGCAAGGAGCUGGAGAAGAUGGAGAAGAAGAAGCGCAAGCACGAGAAGAAGCUGCUGAAGAGCCAGAGCCGCCAUCUGCACUCGCCGGGGGGCCUGUCCCUGCACAGCGCACCCAGCUCCGACAGCGACAGCGGCGGCGGCGGCCUGUCCCCGGAGCCCCCGGAGCCGCCGCCUCCCGCUGCCGCGGCCAAAGGCCCUAGCGCGCACAUUGCGGGCGCCGCCGGUUCCGCAUCCGCGCCGCCGGGCGAGCCGCCCGCUCCGGGCACCUGUGACCCCGCCUUUUACCCGAGCCAAAGAAGCGGCGCCGGCCCGCAGCUGCGGCUAGGCCGCCCCGCGGACAAGGACGCGGCCCCGUGUGCGCCCGGGGCAGCAGCGGCAGAGCGCGGCGCCGCGGGCCUGCCCAAGGCCAGCCCGUUCAGCGUGGAGAGCCUGCUAUCUGACUCGCCGCCGCGCCGGAAAGCCGCCCCGGCCAACGCCGCGGCCGCGGCCGCUGCCGCCGCCGCCGCUGCAGGGCUGGACUUCACCCCCGGGCUGCCGUGCGCGCCGCGGACCCUCAUCGGCAAGGGCCACUUCCUGCUCUACCCCAUCACGCAACCGCUGGGCUUCCUGGUGCCGCAGGCCGCGCUCAAGGGCGGUGCCGGUCCCGAGCCAGCGCCCAAGGACGCGCCGCCUGCGCCCGCCGCGCCGCCCGCGCCACCUGCUCAGGCCAGCUUCGGGGCCUUCCCGGGGCCCGGCGGAGCUCCUGACUCGGCCUUUGCGCGCCGCAGCCCAGACGCUGUCGCCUCCCCAGGGGCCCCGACCCCGGCGCCUUUCCGGGACCCGGCUGUGGCCGAGGGAGGCAACGGGGACAGCUCGGACGCGGGGGCCGCUUGCCCAGCGGCCCCGCCGCCACCACCACUCCCUCCGUCGCCCGGGCCUGGAACGCGGGCGCCCAGCCCCGCGGGGGAGCCGACCAUUUGCGGUCCCCCCGAGCCAGGCGUCACGGCCGGACCCAGCGCCCUGGAUGGCGAGGAGGUGGACAUGGACUGA